CGACAGACCAGAUUUUCUCGCCCUUCACUUACUUCAAAUCUCACUCUCGACGUCGUAACUCACACGGCCUCUCCUAUACCCCUCGUCUUGGCCUCAUCUCUCCCCACGGACAAUCCCUCGAACUGGCGUCACAGCCAAAUAGUGCUGCCUACAGCAUCUCCGCAGGCUCCCAUUUAAUGGGUUGACUGACGUUCCUGCAUGCACCACCACUAUCCAAUACAACACACAACCUCAGCCCCGUCUCCACCUGCUUACUUUCUACCUAAGAAACCACAAUUCCCCCAGCGUUCCUUCUGUUUUUCCUGCUCUUCCUAUUCCGUGUAUAUUGUUUCCUUCAAUUGAGGGGGUGAAGUUGGGUGUGUCUUUCUAUACUCUGCGGAUGUAGUAGGCAUCAAGAGUGGCCGUUGUGUUUCUCAAAGAACGCUGCCGGAAUUAUUUGCUGAUGGAGCAAUUCUCUUUUUGAAUUUCUCAAUCCAAGCGAGCGUCUGUUAUAUGUUAUUCCGGCAAGCACAAUAUACAACUCCCGAUAUCACAAACCUCGAAUUGAGGACAGGGAGGCAAACCCAGGUUCCAGGUCUACCGUGAAUGCGUUAGGGGGCGAGAAGGGUCCAAUUUCACACGCAUGGCCGUGGAAGUUUCAGUUGCCUGCCUUUCAAGAUGAAUCUUGAUCUCCCUAUACGUUCGGCUAGCCGACGGAAUGACGAGAGCAGGAAGCACUUUACCAAUUAUACACCUACCUCUUCCACGGAAGCUAUCUCGGGUCCGAUACGGGAACCUGCUCCUUUGAAUGAUAGGUUGAUUGUUGGGCUGGAUUUUGGGACUACCUAUUCUGGGUAUGUCAUUUUUGGAUUCCUGUUUCAGUUGUUUUGUUGCCUUGGAACAUGGAAGUGCUAGCACGAGGAUUGGCUUACAGGUCCUUCCUUCGAGCUUUGCCCCUUUCCCCUCCUCUCUUUUCCCCCUUGGUAAUGCUACGUUCAAGCUACACAAUUUUGUGUUCUUGUUUUGGCACGUGCAAAAGCUUUCGAUUUUGCUAUUCCAAUUAGGUUUGGUGUAUCAGGAAUUUAGAACCUUGAUUCUACCUUGACGUUCAAGUACAACGCUCAAUAAAGGUUGGACUCUGUAUCAAAGAACGCUACACCCGUGUCUUUGCUUGCUAGUAUCUCCCUUCAUGAGAACUAUUCCGAUGAGUCAAUCUACUCAUACUUUCUGCCUACCUUUCAUUCUAGAAAUCAGUUUUCAAUUCUCUGAUUCUCACAACAUCUACAUCCGAAGCUAACAACCAAACCCAGUGUAGCAGCAGUCUACACCUCCACACCCGACGAUGUAGAAAUCAUCAAAACCUGGCCAGGAGGAAAUGGCAUAACAUCCGACAAGGUGCCAACAGAAAUCUCCUACGACACAUCCUCUUCCUCAACAACACCAACCAUAAAAUGGGGCUUCCAAUUCCGCCCCGAAGAGUCUCGGUUACGCUGCAUCAAACUCUUCCUCGACCGCUCCCAAAAACUCCCCUUUUACGUUUCGCCCCUCGAGACAGCAGCACAACUAAAGAAAUUCAACAAAAACGUCGUAGACGCCGUCUCGGACUACCUGACACAAGUAUACGACCAUACCAUGGAGACGCUUACCAGACGAUAUGGAGAGAGCUUCAUGAGUAGUACGAAAGUCGAGUUCGUGCUUACCUGCCCGGCAGUGUGGUCAGAUGCCGCCAAAAAUACGACGCUCCAAGCAGCCGAGCGAGCGGGUAUGGGCGCGAAAUCUGAUAUCCAGAUGAUUAGUGAGCCCGAGGCUGCAGCGGUGUACACCCUGAAAGCUAUCCAGCCGAAUCAUCUGUGUGCGGGGGAUAAUUUUGUGGUUUGUGACGCCGGGGGUGGAACGGUAGAUUUAAUCGCCUAUAAAAUUAUUUCUCUCAAACCUUUGCGAGUGGAAGAGUCGGCUGUUGGCACAGGAGGAUUGUGCGGGAGUGCGUUCCUAAACUAUAGGUUUGAGGAACAUGUUCGCACGCGUAUCGGCGCCGAGAGAUUCGAUGAGAUGAAACUUAAGAAGGGGAAGUGUUGGCAAAUGGGUCUACGCUACUGGGAAGAAUUCGUGAAACGGAAUUUCAACGAGGAAGAACAUGCGGAAGUUAACGUCCCAUUCCCUGGGUUGCCAGACGACGAGGAAGCAGGUCUGGAUUGUGGAUUCCUUGUCAUGACCGCGGCGCAGAUCAAGGAAAUCUUCGAGCCGGUUGUGAAGGAAGUUUGUGAUCUUGUUCAAGGACAGGUUGAUGGCAUCCGUCAAAAAGGCGGGAUCGUCUCGGGGAUAGUGCUAGUGGGUGGCUUUGGACAAAGUAAUUACCUCUACAACCGGCUGAAAUCACAUUUCAACACCGCGGCUCCACCACCAUACAGCGAGAGACCAACGCAUGCGCAAGCCACGGCGCUCAUCCAGAAUGGGAGUGUUGAAGUGAUGCAGCCUGUCAAUGCAUGGACAGCAGUUGUGAGGGGUGCGGUGUUGAGAGGUUUGGAGGGGAGCAUGGUUGUUUCGAGGAAGGCAAGGAUGCAUUACGGGACUUCGUAUGCGACGGUUUAUGACGAGGAUAAACAUCAGGUUAGUGAGAGGUAUUGGAGUCCCUUGUGGGAGAGGUGGAUGGUUUCCGAUAGGAUGCAGUGGCACAUUGCUAGUACGUUUCUCUCCUCCCCUUUUCUUAUUUGAAUCUCGCUAAUAUCAGAAUAGAGGGUGAGGCACUAAGUGCCGCUACACCAGUUAGUUUCCACUACACUCGGAACUUCAGGUACCUUUUUCCCCAUCCUCCUCUCCUAUCGCCCAGCUAACCUUUCCCCAAAGACCAGGCCAGUCCCUCAUAGUCUCGGACGACCUCAUCGCAUCUGACGCCGACGGCGACCCCCCCUCUGCCUACACUCGCGACCUCGUAAACGUCUGCACCCUCACCACCGACCUCGGCGCCGUCCCCAAAUCCCUCUUCACCCGUCUGACCACCACGAGAGGAGUGGAAUUCGAUAACCUCGAUUUCACCCUUGAGAUGGUGGUUGAGAGUGCGGGACUGGCGUUUGAGUUGAAGGUUGAUGGGUUUCGGUAUGGGAGGGUGGAGGCCGAGUUUCAUUAGUGACUUGAGUAGGGAGAGAAUGGAGGGGGUGUCUGUAAUUAGUGGUCUUUUCCUGAGAUGGGAAUUUGUGGGGGGAGCAGAGGAUGGUUGGGCUCAGAUGGAAAAGGUUAGGAGGAAGGUAAUGAUGUUAUGGUAUAGUAGGUAUUAUAUUAUAUCCGUUUAGUAGAACUCAGAAAGUAUAUCCAGAAGGAAAAGAAAUAUAUAUUCACUAAUAACCUCCAACAAGGAAAGCCAUUCUUCAAAAAAAA